AGCUAAAUUAUCAGGUGAGAAAUUGAUAUCCUGGAAAAAUAUUGAAGAUUAUAACUAGAUUGAGUCUAAAUUAAUUAGUAGGGACGAACGCAACCAAUUUCUAUCUUCAAAUAAACAAGUCAUAAUGAGGGAGUGCUGCGGAUCUCCAAAUCGGCCAGCAAUUUCGAUAAUUAAAAACUCCGAACCUUCACAAAUAUGUCCUCCUCUUUGCUUCGCCUGUCCGUUGACGUGUUCAAGACCUGCACUCGGACCCAAACCAAUAAAAACAGAGGUUUAUCUUCGUCCGCAUCCACUGUGCCCACCCUACUACCCCAUGCCAUGUCCCCCUAAAGUUCAAGUCAUAUCCAUGCCAAUGAAGCCUCCACCCCCGCCCCCUCCAGCUCAGCCAAGAUACUGUGUCACAAUAAAGAGGAUUCCUGUGCGACCUCCUCCACCACCAACACCCCCUGUGUUUUCACCGUGUCGGGCGAUUUGCAUGCCUUGCCCUCCUCCAUGUCUGCCAUCGAGUUGUUCCUGAAACUAAAUUGACUGGGAUUAAAA